AUGGCCGAGGCAUCAACACCCAAGUCUGGCUUCCCAAGUGAUCUGCUCUGGGUCAACCAUGAUGCGCGGAACAUGAAAGCGCAGCCCCACCGUCAGCGCGUCUUCAGCCACAUCCAACAACGAUACCGACCAUGGCAGAGACGCGAUUCCGCCCUAAAGCUUAGAAAGAGCGUAAUACUGCCGACAACACCAGGCUCUCGGGAACAAUCUUCUGAGAGUGAGGAAGACCGCUCAGAGUGGUCGGGCACUUCUCCAGCCUCGUCGUGCCUUUCAUACAGUUCGGACCCUCUGAUAAGCUCGGAUACAAGUCCAAGGUUUAUCGCGUGUGAUGUCAAGCUGUUUUCAGGGAAUUCCGAUCCAUUCAACGCUUAUCCCGUGCCAAUAUCCCCACGAGUCAACGACAUCUUGAGAUUCUAUCGGGACAUUGUCAUACCAACCCAAUAUCACACCGGUCCCGACGGAUGGAGAACGCUCGACGCCGCCAUGGACGACUGGAGAGAUGUCGUCCGGUCGCUGAAUGAGAAGGGAGGCGCCCUGGGAUUUCUCGCGCGAUGGGCACAGGUCGCAUCCAACGUCACCGACAACCCCGAGCUUGCCGUUCAGAGCCUCCGUUUCCGUUCCCAGAGCACCUCCAUGCUCCUCCGGAAGAUACAGCGGGGCUCGGGACUCGUCUCGCAGUCGAACUACUGGCAUGUCAUAACGCUGUAUAUGGCCGAGGCGCAAGCCGGAAACGCGGACGGGGCGUGGCUCCAUGCCACAAUGCUGUCUCGGGCGUUGAAGUACGAGAGCCAACACGGGCACGUCGACAUCACGUCCCUGCGAUCCUUCAUGUACAAUGAAGCCUGCGCGUGCUGCAUGUUCCUACGCAAGCCUGUUCUCGACUAUGACGACUGGAUUCCGGAGGUGUUCAAGAUCCCGUGGGCAGAAGGCAGGAAGGAAUUGGCGGCCUUGCCACUGUCGUUCUCUACGGUUCUCGAUCCCUCGGUUGAAGACGACUUUCUCAUGGACAUGUUCGUCCAGGAGCGCGAAAGCCUUGCGGUCUGGAGACACGGUUCUGAGAGAGGCGACGGACUGUCUCCCGCGGUGUUUACGUGGUGGUGUUCGAACCACUUGGUCAAGCACACGCGGCUGUUGAAGUACGCGCUGGACCUUCUCGAGUCGAAUGGAGGCAAGGACGCGCAAUCCCACCGUCACAAGAAGAAUGCCUAUCUCGCCCUGACCGCGGUCUACUGGGCGCGCCUGAUCGCCGGGGACGAGACCCUCCUCGGAAAAGAAAUGUACCAGACCAAGACGCCCCUGCGGAGACUGACGCGGCAGCUUCUCGAAAAGGAGCAGGCGGUCAUGGACUUUACGGGGUCGAUGAAAUACGCCAACGCGCGGCUGUGGGCGCUGUACGUCGGUGCGCAGGCUGAACAUGACCACCUGGGCCUUAGGAGGGGUGGCGACAAUGAGACCUGGUUCAGCGACCAGUUCUCCCUCCUGGCUGCGCGGAUGCACUUGUCGUCGUGGGAAGAUGUUCGCUCGAUCCUGGACGGGUUUUUGGAUUGCAACGUCGUCGAACCUGAUGGGUGCAAGUUUGUGCCUGCACUGCUCUCGCAUCUGCCAACAAUCGCGGAGGGUGAGGGUCGGCCAUGUUCAAAGACAUGA